AGAUUAUUAUUUGGGUUUAUUAAUUUUCGUCUGUUAUCGAAAGCCACUUAUGGUAGUCGAGUGUUUUAUUAAUUCUAUCCAAUAAGUCACUCAUACAUGUGAUUAACAUAUCGUUUGCCCUAGUUGAUAUGAAAUAUGAAUUACAACUUAUAUUACGUAACACUGUUGACGCGUUGUAAGCGGACGGAGUGCUACCGAGUACCGCGUCGUGCUGAGACGCGCGUAGACAGCCCUACCUCCCACUCCAGUCACAUUGCACCGCAAUUGACGGCUGCCGCAAUCGUUGAAACAUCUUACAUCCCGCCGCGUUAGUUUGUUCAACUCGCGAGAUACUAAAUAUCAUUUAUAAAUAAUCUAACCUUUUUUUAUUUCAAAUAUGUCGGACAAAGAGUAUAUUUUAGGAAUGGAUAUUGGUACGACUUCGGUAAAAGUUUGCGUCUACGAUCCACAUACGAAGGAGCUUGUAGCUAAACAGAGUAAGGAUACGGCUGCUAACAUUCCCAGUGAUUUAGGGAUCGAAGGGAACAAGCAGGACGUUCCGAAAAUAGUGUCCGCUGUUCAUUAUUGUGUCUCACGUUUACCACGAGAUGUUCUGAGACAUGUUAAAAAAAUUGGUGUUUGUGGACAAAUGCAUGGAGUUGUGCUAUGGAAAAAUGGAGCUUGGGAAAAGGUAGAAAAGGAGGGUGCCUUUAUAAGAUAUGAAGGUAACAGAGAAAAUAUGUCAGCGUUAUAUACAUGGCAAGAUACCAGAUGUAAGCCAGAGUUUUUGGAAACAUUACCAAAGCCCGAUUCACAUCUCCAAUGUUAUUCUGGUUAUGGCUGUGCCACUCUUCUCUGGAUGCUAAAGCAUAAGCCUGAAAAACUAAAGAAUUUCACGUAUUCAGCUACUGUACAAGAUUUUGUUGUGGCUAUGCUUUGUGAUCUUGAUGUCCCAAAAACAUCAGAUCAGAACGCUGCCAGCUGGGGUUACUUCAACACAGAAAAGAAUGAAUGGAAUAUUGAUAUACUGAAAUCUAUUGAUUUUCCUGUUAAUCUUCUGCCAAAAGUGAUAAGAAGUGGGGAAAUAGCGGGUACAUUAAGCUGUUGUUGGAAUGGAAUCCCAGAGGGUACUCCAGUGGGUGCAGCUAUGGGUGACCUUCAAUGUUCAAUACUUGCCACUCUUGAGAACGGACAAGAUGCUGUUCUAAACAUAUCUACCUCAGCUCAACUCGCCUUUGUUGUUGACCAAAUUAAAGAUUUAGGUUGUACAACUAUUGAGCACUUGCCAUAUUUUAAUAAUACAUAUCUAGUUGUUGCUGCAUCAUUAAAUGGGGGUAAUGUAUUGGCUACUUUUGUCAAAAUGUUACAACAAUGGAUGCUUGAAUUUGGAUUUCCAAUACCACAAUCUAAAGUAUGGGAAAAACUAAUUGCACUUGGCCUGGACGCAUCUGACGGCACUGAUAUGAAAAUAAGUCCACUUCUUUUAGGGGAAAGGCACUCACCAACUGCUAAAGCAGCUGUUGAAAAUAUUGAUCUUUCAAAUAUUCAACUCGGUCAUGUGUUUAGAUCUCUCUGUAAUAGUAUUAUUGAUAAUAUCCAUUGUAUGAUGCCAAAGAAAAUUCUAUUGGAUGCAAAUAUAAAAAGGAUAGUCGGCAAUGGUUCUGGACUAUCAAGAAAUGCUGUAUUACAAAGAGCUGUUGAGCAUAAUUACAGCUUGCCAUUAGAAUUUACUUCUGGAGGAGAUGCAGCCCGAGGAGCAGCUGUAGCUGUCCAAAAUGCAUCAUAAACAAUAGAGCAAAUUGUGUUUUAUUAUGUAAAUUGAUUUAUCCUUUUCAAUAAAUUAAAUAAAUCAGUUGUAUUGAA